AUGUCCGACGCGCAAGCGAGCGAGGCCGAGAGGAACAUUGAGAUCUGGAAGAUCAAGAAGCUCAUCAAGAGUCUUGAGGCUGCCAGAGGCAAUGGAACCUCCAUGAUCUCCCUCAUCAUUCCUCCAAAGGAUCAGGUGUCGCGUGCAGCCAAGAUGUUGGCUGAAGAAUACGGUACUGCGUCGAACAUCAAAUCGCGCGUUAACCGACAGUCCGUCUUGUCCGCUAUUACCUCGACCCAGAACCGUUUGAAGCUGUACAACAAAGUUCCCCCCAAUGGUCUGGUCAUCUACUGUGGCGAAAUCCUGACCCAGGAAGGAAAGGAGCGAAAGGUCAACAUUGACUUCGAGCCCUUCAAGCCCAUCAACACCUCGCUGUAUCUUUGCGAUAAUAAAUUCCACACCGAAGCCCUGGCUGAGCUGCUCGAGUCUGACCAGAAGUUUGGUUUCAUCAUCAUGGAUGGUAAUGGUGCUCUCUUUGGUACUCUUAGUGGAAAUACCCGCGACAUCGUUCACAAGUUCUCCGUCGAUUUGCCCAAGAAGCACGGACGUGGUGGUCAAUCUGCCCUGCGUUUUGCUCGUCUUCGUGAGGAAAAGCGUCACAACUACGUCCGCAAGGUCGCCGAACUCGCUGUGCAAAACUUCAUCACCAACGACAAGGUCAAUGUCGCUGGUAUUGUUCUUGCUGGUUCUGCCGACUUCAAGAAUGACCUGAAUGCCUCUGACAUGUUCGACAACCGUCUUCAGACCAAGGUCAUCAAGGUCGUUGAUGUUUCAUACGGUGGUGAAAACGGAUUCAACCAGGCCAUUGAACUUUCUUCCGAGACUCUUGGAAAUGUCAAAUUUAUUCAGGAGAAGAGGCUCAUCGGCAAAUACUUCGAGGAAAUCAGCCAGGAUACUGGCAAGGUGUGCUACGGUAUCGACGAUACCCUGAAGGCUUUGGAGCUUGGUGCCGUCGAGACCCUCAUCAUUUUCGAGAACCUCGAGAUUACCCGCUGGGUUCUGAAAGAUAGCAAUGGCGAAGAGGUGAUCCUGCACCUGUCAAAACAACAGGAACAGGCCAAUCGCGACAAAUUUCUGGAUUCUGCUACUGGUCAGGAAAAGGAAAUUAUCGCCCAGGAGUCCUUCCUUGAGUGGAUUGCUGAACACUAUAAAGAAUUUGGUGCUAAUCUGGAAUUUGUGUCGGACCGUUCAACUGAGGGUAACCAAUUUGUCAAGGGCUUUGGUGGCAUUGGCGGCAUUCUCCGCUACAAGGUCAACUUUGAACAGUUGGCUGAUCUCAGCGACGAUGAUGAAUACUAUGACGACUGA